AUGGGGUCUUUGCACAUUCAUGGACGUGUGGAUAUGGUGAAAAAUAUGCAAGGGGGGUUCUUGGACAUUCAUGGAUGUGUGCAAGGGACAGAGCUAGCCCAUGAUAGGAAAAUUCGUUUCGGUAGUUGGAAUGUAGGUUCUUUAACUGGUAAAUCUAUGGAGAUGAGUGCCACCACUUCAAGUAGUAAGGAAGUUGUCCCUGAAAAAGAUGAGCCAAUGAAUGUUUUGGUAAAUGUGCCUUUUCUCCAAGCUCUGCGUCCAACUGGGAAAGUACCGGAACACCGAAGUGAGAUCUUAGAGCACUUGACUCAAGUGAAGAUUAAUCUUCCUUUGCUUCAUGUUAUCAAGCAAGUGCCUGCUUAUGCUAAGGUUAUCAAGGAUCUGUGCACUAUCAAAAGGAAGCACCAUGUCAAGAAGACAGCAUUCUUGACAGAACAGACACAUGAGUUCAGCAAAGCUUUGCUUGAUCUAGGAGCGAGUGUUAACCUCAUGCCAUAUUCUAUCUAUUCGCAACUUGAUCUUGGAGAAAUUAAGCCCAUGUCUGUGGUUCUGCAGCUGGCUGAUGGAUCAGUCAAGAAGCAUCGGGGGAUAGUUGAGGAUGUUUUGGUUCAAGUUGAUAAGUUCUAUUACCCUGUUGACUUUCUAGUCUUGGAUACUCGAUCCGUGGUGAGUAUGGAGUUCAAGAUUCCCAUUAUCCUCGGAAGACCUUUCCUCGAUAUAGCCAAUGCACUCAUCAACUAUAGGAAUGGUCUGAUGAAGAUAUCCUUUGGGAACAUGACUUUGGAGGUGAAUGUUUUUCACAUUGCAAAGCAGCCAUGUGAUGAUGACGAGUGUCACCAAACAUUUCUAAUUGACACACUCGUCUCGGAAGAGGUUCAGUUGUCUAGCAAUUCUAAUGUUCUUGACGAUUUCCUCCGUAUUUCUGAAUCUGAGAGUUCUGGUCCUUGUGAGUUGGCCAGCAACGUUGCCAUUUUCAAAGACUCAUAA